CCUUUUACCUUUCUUUAUAAGUAGUCCAUUUUUGAUGGCGCACAGAAUAUAAGCUUCGAUGGUUGCAAAGCAAAAGAAUCCAUAAAACAAAUAAAGGGUUUUGGGAUUCCAAGGAAGCUGUAUGUUGGGAUUUUGACAUCACCGAUCCAUCCAGAUUCAGAUUCUUGGCGCCCAAAGUUGAAAGUUUUGGUGCAAUUACGGGUGGUAUGAAUGAUCUUCUUCCAUUAGAUAUUUGGCAGAAUAUAUUUUCUCGUUUACAUGCUGAUUUAGUUUUAGAUAGCAAACUCGUUUACAUGCUGAUUUAAUUUUAGAUUGCAAACUCGUUUGCAAAUCAUGGGGAAAUGUCAUUACGUAUCUUGUUAAGAACCCAUCGUUUGCUCAAAAUCAUCUUGCUCAUUGUAAGCUAUUGCUGCAAAAACUUGGCGAGAGUUGCGUUCAAGAUGUUUCUACUAAUGCAUGUGAGAGUUUUCGGUCAGGGUUCCUGAUGUUAGAGUAUAUUGACAGUAAUAACUGCAGACUUAAAUAUGUUGAAUACUGUAUGGAUGCUAAGGAGAAGUCUUACGAAAUGAAAGUUAAAACGAUCGAGAUUCCUCCCAUUCAGCCGGCGAAGCUUGAUUCAUAUCUUGUCAUGAUUGCUUCAUGCAAUGGUUUGAUUUGUUCUACUAUUCGUCACCAUCAACUGGACGACCCUAUUCACAUAUUUAACCCAGUCACCAGAGAAUAUGAAUUUCUUCCGAGAUGCAUAAGUGCAGAGGACAUUGUAUCACAUGAGAUGCUGAAUGGAUUUGGUUACAGUCCUUCUACUGGUCAGUAUAAAGUUGUUAGAAUCUACCACAAAAGUGAUGCAUGGUUUUUUCAGGUGUAUAUUCUUGGCAAUGAGAGUAGUAAAUGGAAGGAGGAAAAAGAAAUCCCCAACUCGUUGUUUCACAGUGGUUUUCCAUAUUCAAGGAGUGUUUUUGUUAAUGGAGAGAUAUAUUGGCUAGAUUACUCAUCGAAGAUUGUUGCUUUCAGCUUAGCCGAUGAGGAGUUCCGUUAUAUAGCUUCACCACCCAUCGUAGGAGACAGUACUCGUGGAAGGCGUCUAUGUGUGUUUGGAGACUGGUUAUGUCUUGUUGAUCAUAAAUCAGCCACAAGGGAGGGAAAUAUACAUGCCGAUAUCUGGUUACUAAAACAGAACAAUGACAUGAAUGUGCAACAUAAUGGAACUUGGAUUUGGAAUAAGGAGUUUACUGUGCAAUCUGAAACUAGAUAUAAAUUUGAUCUUAUUCCACUUGCUUUUACCGAGAAUGGCAAGCUUUUAGUUUGGCAGGAUCAUGAAUACGUCUCCUGUUACGAUCCAAAAACUGCGGUACUUAAAAAACUGGAUGAAUAUGGACAUAGAUCCGAGAUCUAUCAACCAGCUCAUCAUACUAACAGUUUUGUUUCAUUGAAAGCUCUCGGUAUGAAAAAAGCUUGUUUCAUUGAAAGCUCUCAGUAUGAAGAAAAUGUAGGAGAAGACUAAAAUAGAUAAGUAAGAACUGAACGAUGGCUAAGGAUUUAACCAUAUGCUUUCGUGUUUUGAAUUCCUUUUUUUUAAGCUAAUGAUGUAAGAUUUUUGUACUUGUUAUAUUUUGAAUGUUUCAAGAUAUUCUUGAGUCUCAAAGUCUUAGUCCUAUAAUCAUUGUUAUUGUUACUGACA